AUGAUCCGCGAUUCCUGCUCUAGCAACCAGAGCAUUAGUUCCCAGUGUGCCGCAGCACAUGCCUCAUGGAUGGGUGAAAAGCGCCACCGGCGCAGUUCCCAAUCUAUCUUCUCCCCAAUCACUGAAAUCGUAUCCCAACUGACCUUGGCCGUGAACACGGCUCUGGCCGAGCUUUCUCCUGCAGAUGAUAUUCCCGAGGCAACUCAGUACCAGCUCCUAGACGCGAUUGACAAACUUCGCGUGGCUGUGGCACCGCCCCUUCUGACUAUCCGGAAUUUCUGCGUUGCGGUGACACCAUGGCCUGGUUGCCAUCCGAGUGCCAUGGGUAUGGGCAUUUUCGAUGCUUUCGCCGGCGUGAACGGUGCUGAAAUGACUGCCGCCGAGCUGGACGAGAAGACAAAGGGCGACAAGGGCCUCCUUGUGCGUAUCGUGCGUCUCCUGUGCGCAAAUUAUGUGUUCGAAGAGACAGGAGUUGAGAAAUACAAGCCUCUGUCGCUGGCAAUGAUGUUUGCUUCCAGCAGCCCACCCAGUGAGGUUAUCAAACAUUUCUAUUCCGACAUGAAGGCAUCCGUUUACUCGCAUGAAUAUCUCAAAGCAAGGGGAUACCAGAACCCACAAGACGCAUAUGAUACUCCCUUCCAGUUCGCCAUGGGCACCAAGGAGCACCACUUUGAAUGGUUACAACACAACCCAGAGGAGCUGCACGCCUUCAACGUGGUGAUGGAAAUUGGCAAUCGUUCCCUGGAGGGGGUACAGUGGUACGACUACUACCCGUGGAAGGAGAAUCUUGUGGCGAGCAGUGACGCAGAUCGCGUGCUCCUGGUGGACAUCGGGGGUGAUAACGAGCGGCUGAUUGUGCAGGAUCUCCCCAAGAUCAUUGAAGAUAUUACGGAGCCUCUUCUCGAGGGCAUCGAAGCCAUUGGUUAUAACAUGUUUGACCCACAGCCUGUCCGGGGCGCCAAAGCGUAUUACUUGCGCACGGUCUUGCAUGACUGGCCUGAUAAACAGGCUCUGCAGGCUCUCGCUCGUGUCCGUGAGGCCAUGGCUGCCGAUUCAGUGCUCUUGAUCAAUGAGAAUGUACUACCGGAAUCAGGUGUUUCAGGCUUCUCCGCCUCCAUGGAUAUCAUUAUGGAGAUUUAUGGCGCCCUGGAACGGACGGAAAAGCAGUGGCUUCAGCUCUUAGAUCAGGCCGGAUUCAAGGUAGUCAAGGUGUGGCGAUCGGAUUUUCAGGGCGUUGGUUCCAAUGCGCUUUUCGAGGCCGUUCCUAACUGA